GUCGAACCAGAGCUUUGUCGCUCACACGACCAGCACUCAGUUGGUCUCCAACAUCUGUAUCGGACCUUUGCUUCUCUUCCCUAUCUCACGAGCAACAGUAUCCCGGUACCGAACCAUCUUGUCCCCAACGAAACAACCGUGAAGAAGCGGAGGGGAAUCGUUGUCACUAGAAGUCCCCAUCAGAUCCGCAAAUCCCUCCACCCACGCACCCGUUCAGCCGUUCAACCGUUCAACCUCUCUUCCUUCUACCUCCCUUCCCUAUCCUCCAUUCCCAUCCCAGAAAGGGCACCAUAUCGCAGAGCAAUGCCGCCCCCCUCGUACAUCACCGACCCGCUCCCGCCCCCGCAACUGAGCCAGGUGGCGGCGCAGGGCUUCGCGUCGGGGGCCCUGCGGUUCGGCACCAUCAGCUUCGCCGCGCACUUCCUGCUGAACCGCUACACGCCCGUGUACCGCGGGCUGACGAUCCAGUUCAAGGUGUUUCUGCAGAUCAGCGCCAUGAUCCUGGGCGGCUGCAUCUUCGCCGAGAAGCGCGUGGGCGAGUUCAACGAGGGCAUCCGCCGGCAGCGCCGGGCGAUGGACCGGAGCCGCCGCGCGUGGGAGGAGGAGAGGGAGGUGCGCGAGAUGGUCGAGCGCAAGAUCGCGGCCGAGGAGCGCUCGCAGAAGGGCUCGGCCGCAGGCGGUGGCGUCGGCAUCGCCGGGAAGUAAGGACAAUACCGUCCCCCCAUAUUCAAUCCUACCUGGCUACCCAGGGACGUCAUAUUCUUGGCUAGGCAGGGUGAAAAUGGUAUGAGGAGGAAAAACGGACAUCAUCCUGAAGAAAAGAGAAGGAUCAGUCCAUUACUUCACCACUCCACUCUCCACGCGACUAUGAAGCCUGCUCGGCAACCAUCACCUCCAGAAUAUCUCGAGAUUGAGCGAAUGCCCCCUUCCGAGACAACUCUCCGCCUUUCACAAUACUGGAAAGCGCCAUAUCUUCCAGUCCGACAUUCGGAAGACGAUGAGAGACAUGCCACGCCACCAAAAAGCGGCGUCAAACCCGUCUACCCCAGUCAACCUGCAGGUGCACGUGUACGAAGGCACAGGUACAAAGGUACCGCCUGGUCGGGUUUUUGAUCAAUGUUUCAGCUCUGGUCACGUACACAGAUCUCCCUGUGGCGCUUUUCAUAAAGAGAAGUGCCCCCAGGUGCUAGCAGGACAAGGCGAGCAGCGACGUGUUUUCAACGCCCGUGCUCACUUCUCGUCACGACUUUCCCUGGACACAGCUGGUUGAUUAUGCUUUGGGGGACAGGUAUUCGCACAAUAUAUUGUACAGUAUUAUAAAAGAUCAUACAAAAGGCGUCCCUGUUGGGGGACAGAUUCAGGGAACCACGUAUGCGUUCACCAUUGAGUUUCCUCACCCAAUCACUCAAUCGGCCUCGUCCACCACUUCUACAGUCGUCAUCCUCUUGAGCAUCACCUGCUGUUCAUGCUGCGAAGCCGGCUGUAGCUCUUCCGUGACGUGACUCUCGGCCUCUGCCUUUUGCACGGGCGUAUACCUGUGCCAGCGCCUGAGAAAGUAAACCGCCGCCCCGACAAUGAUGGCUAGGGCGGGAACGCCCAGCCCAACAGAUAGCCCUAUGAUUAGUGGCUU